AACACAAAGUUUGUUCUUAACAAUCGCUGUUUCGAUCAAAGAAGUUACACAGCAAUAUUUUUUGUUCAUCGUCUAAGCAACUUAAUAUAUUUUUGAAAUUAUUAGAAAUUAGCAAAGCUAGCCAAGAAGUAUUUCUAUUAAAAAAAAUAAAUAAAUAAAAAAAAAAUAACCCAAAGAAAAUUACAAGAAAAGUAACAGUAAAGACUUUAAUAGCUAGCAGUCCAAUUCCACUUACGCAAAAGCAGGAAAAGAGAAGAAAGGGGAGUUCAAAUGAGCGGCCGGCGCCCCCCUCGCCGGCAGGACAAGUGAGGAUCGCUGAGGGGAAGCAGUUGAUCCUCGCGACAACAACCAUGAUCGUGAUGGCGGGUUGACACGGGUUCUUCGCUCGCUCCAUCUCAUUCCCCUACAGUCUCUUAUGCCUCACCAUCUGUCUGCUUCACCGUCUGUCCAACUACCUCCUCUCCUACCGGACUAUGCUUCCUCCUCAUCCCCAGCUUCUUGAGUGUAGACCUGCUCCUCUCACACAAUCUGCCUGCCAGACUACUAUCUUAAGAAGAUAUACUACAUCAUCUGAUAACUUGUCUUGGCUUCUCUUGUGCUAUGUUUGAUAACAUGUUCAACUCUGAAAAAAAUAUAUUAUUUUCUAUAUGUUUGUAUGACUAGUAUUGAUGUACAGCUUUACUUCUGUAAACUUGGUCCUUUGUUUUGUUUUACUUUCAACAAAAGGGUUUUCUCUUCUCUUUUGAUUUUGGUAUUCACAUAUUAACUUGCUUUAUAUUGAGUUUGCCCAGCCUUUUGUGGCUACUCAUUAAUGAUACAUAAGUUAAUAUGAUGACAUUUUCUACUCUUCUCUGUCUUGGUUAGGAAACUGCAGUCUUUCUUUUCCCUCAUUAUUCCCUCACAAAAUAGUGAUAUUGUAAAUAUGCAUAUAGGUGUAUGAUAUGCAUACAUGAUUCAUAUAACUAAAGAAUCACUCAGACCCUCAUUGUUGCGUAAUUUUUAAAGUGAAAACUUUCAAUAUCACCAAGAUGAUUGCUCAAGUAGUGUCUUGUCUUUGUACAUCUCCUAUCAUCUUGCUAGUGGUGGUGCUGUCACUUGCUGUUUUCUGUAUGAGACGAAUCUACAGUUUCUGGGAAAUGCGUGGGGUCACUGGGCCAAAGCCAGUUUGGAUCAUUGGAAAUAUGUAUGCAAGGCUACGACCUACACACUCAAUGGCAGAGUUUGAUCAGAUGUUGUAUGAGAGGUAUGGAGGCAAGAGAUAUUGCGGGUACUAUGAAUUCACUCAACCUUGUCUCAUGGUUGGUGAUCCAGAACUAUUGAAGCAUGUGAUGGUGAAGGAUUUUGAUCACUUUACUGAUCGAAGUUUUGUCACAUUCAACGAACCUGUAAUGGAUCACAUGCUUCUGGGUCUAAAAGGCAAAGUGUGGAAGGCUGUGCGCUCUGUCAUGACCCCAACCUUCAGCUCUGGCAAAAUCAAGCAGACACUACAGUUGGUUAAGGAUUGUGCGAAGAACCUUGUGGUUUACUUUGACAAGGAGCUUGAAAAGGGAUCAUCGACAUUUGAGAUGAAGGAUGUGUAUGGCAUGUUCACAAUGGACACAAUUGCUAGUAUUGCAUUUGGUGUUAACAGUGACUCUCUCAACAAUACUCAGGAUGAGUUCUCAGCUGCUGCAGCACGGUUCUUCUCUCCACCUCCAAGGUGGAAGCGACCCAUUAUGUUCUUCCAGUUCCUCUGGCCUCAGAUUGCUAAGGCAUUGAGACUAAAUGUUAUUGACAGAACACCAAUCCAUUUCUUUACUAAGGUCGUGUCAGAUACAAUUCGUUACCGCUUGGAGAACAAUCUGCGGAGGAGUGACUUCCUUCAACUCCUUCUGGAUGCUCGUCUUCAAGAACAGACCAAUAACAAUAAAGGAAAUGGUAGCACAGACAUAAAUUCCAAGAAGGCUGGUAAUGAAGUUCUCAAUGAGCUGGUGAUUACUGCACAGUGUGUUUUGUUCUACAUUGCUGGGUAUGACACUACAGCAACCACCCUAAGUUUUCUGUCAUAUUGUCUGGCUCUUCAUCCCAGCAUUCAGCAGAAAUGUAUGGAGGAAAUAGAAGAGGUACUUAGGAGGCACAAGGGUGAAAUUACAUAUGAGGCUCUUCAGGAAAUGACCUAUUUGGAUAUGGUCUUUGCAGAGACACUUCGUCUAUACCCACCAGCACCCAGAGUUGAUCGCACAGUGACAAAGGACUUCACUCUCCCUGAUACAGACCUGAAACUGCAGAAGGGUCAGAAAAUUACCAUUCCCAUAUACAGCAUCCAUCGUGACCCAGAUCACUAUCCAGAUCCUUUGAAGUUUGAUCCAGAACGGUUUUCCUCAGAAAACAAGGCUAUGCGUUCACAGAUGGUAUAUCUGCCUUUUGGUAGUGGUCCUCGCAACUGUAUAGGUAUGAGAUUUGCUCUCAUGGAGGCAAAGGUGGCUGCUGUUUAUCUCUUGCAAGAGUUUGCAUUUAUUCCAAGUAAGAAGACACAAGUCCCCAUAGUUAUUGAACAACGAAGUGGCCUCCUGAAAGCACAGGAUGGCAUUUGGGUUAGACUAGCCAAGAGGACAUCCGAAUAGAAGUUUCAGAUAAUAUCAGUGCACUGGUUAGAGGUUUAAAGUUCUUUAAUUUGUGUUGUCAUAAAAGGGUUCAGUGUUUUAUAUUGAAAAGUUUUUUAUGUAGACAGAUACUGUAUGACCUAAAACUACUGUAAAAUAUAACAGAAUUUAAUAGUAAGAGCAUGGAAAUACAUUCCUUUCUUAUCCAUACUCAGAUGAAGAUGCAAGUUAACCUAGUUCUAAUUGCCAUUAUGUAGGUGAAUUACAGUAUAGUUAGUCUUGUAAACCAUUUAUCCUCAACACUGGGCUGGAUGCUCCUUCUGAAGUGUUUUAAACUGUAGUCUCACCUGCUUGAUGUCUUGUGCUGUAUAAGACAUUAAAAAAGCCCACAUUAUGGGUAAUUCAAUAAAGUAUAUCAAUAUUUACUGAAAUGGUGUCUUGGAGCCUGUACUUGAUGCAUAGCUCUUUGAAUAGUCAUAUAUUAGUGGAUAGCUAGGGAAACAAAUCCUGGUAGCCUUUGCCUUAGCAGCACAUUCUACAUCAUUGACCAAGAUAAUUAAGUUAUUGUUUCAUAUAUAAAAUGAAAACAAUAGCAUUUCUUAGGAAGUUUGUUAUCCUCAGUCAUUUAUCACUUUUCUAGUUUUCUUAUGUUUUUCUAAUAUUUCACAGAAUUAAUAUUUUCUUUUUACUAGAUGUAUACUAAUGAAGUUUAAUUAUACAAUGCUGGGUAUCACACAGGGCUCAUAUUUUAAAGAACUAAAUUUUGCUUUGUCAUGGGAUGAGACAUUUUCUAGGCCUACAGCUUUUUGAUGUUUGCCGCUUCAAGGAAAUGGAAACCAUGUAGGUUGAAUUAAUGUGUUAUACUUUAUGUUCAUAUGGGUGAGCAUGUAUCUGUCUAUCUAUCUAGCUAUCUAUCUACACACACACACACACACACACACACACACACACACACACACACACACACACACACACACACACACACACACACACACACACACACACACACACACACACACACAUACACACACAUACACCCACAUACACACACAUACACACAUACACAUACAUGCAGAGGUAAUCCUCAAUUUACAGUUAAGUUCUUUUCCAGAAACUGUGCUGUAAAAUGGAAUAACAUAAAACAAGACAUUUAUGCCCAUAAGAACUAACUAAAAUAGGUUACUUUUGCCAUCCUUCCACCUAGACUUCAUGACUUGAAAUAUACAAAAAAAAUUGAAUAUGGUUAGAUAAAAACCCUUAGAUAAAUGAUAAAAGUUGUGUAAAUCAUUUUACACAAUGAUACAAAACAAUGAUACAGAGCUCCCUACAGAGCUUGAUGAAUGACAGUGUAGGGGAGCAUUGGAUGGACCUCUUCCGUUGCCUAUUUGUGAAACAAAGUUAUCCAAUGUUGCUUGUUUACUGCUCUAUACUCUUCUUCUCCAUGUAUAGUUUAUGACAGGGAAAACAUUCUAGGACAUUUUGCAUAACUCUCUAAUUUCCUUCCUUGUGCAAGUCAAUAUCAACUGAUGCAUCUACAAGCUUGUUUUGCAUUGGUAUAAAGCUCAAUGGAACAGCUCUAUAAUAAUAACUUAUGUGGAGGAACAGUGUUACAAGAAUAACUUAAGUGGAGGAACAGUGCUACAAGAAUAACUUAUGCAGAGUGCACUUGUUGGGGAACCAAGGAUAACUGUCUUCUUUAUCUUGUUUGCCUGAACGUUUUGCACCAGGACCUUUUUUUAGGCUGUUGAGGCACCAUUCUUCAUGUGCUGUAUUUUAUUUAUUUAUUUAUUAUUAUUUUUUUAUUAUUAUUUUUUUUACAUCUCUAUAUUCUAGCUUUUAUAUGUCAUAUUAUGUCAUUCAUUAUUUAACUGGGGUCAUAGAUUUUUUCCGUGAAGCUCAGAUGUAAUGAAGAAACAAGGAGAACCAAAAUUUUAUGAGCACAGAACCAACAUACUAUAUUAGCCAAAGACUGUAGGUAAACUAAGAGUAAUUUUUGUUUCGUCUCAUUAUGAAAAAUGUCACAUAUCACAAGUGAAAAACCACACAAUUUUAGUUCUUUUCAGUGUAAGUCUUGGUAGCUUUACUAACAUAGGGCAUUGACAAAUUUGCAAGUGUGAUACCCAUUUAAAUAUUAUUUUUUUCCAUCAGCAUAAUUUUAAAAUAUUUGUUAUAUCUUUAUAUGACUUUAGUGUGCAAGAAUAUUAGUACCAUUGCUUCCUUUGAAGUAUAAUCAAGAAGUUGAGAAGUGAAUUACAAGACAGAACAUUUUAAAUGUGUUAAAUGUUGAAGUACAGUGAACAUUGAUAUAUGGCUUUAUAACAACAGGCAUUAAAAACUCAGAACAGUUUCAGUUUCUAAGUUAAAAAAACACAUAAAUAAAUGAAUAAAAAUUGUAGUGUCUGUUGGUGUGAUGAACACUAAGUUGCCUGAAUUAAAUAUGAUGUUUGAAUAGCAUAUUGUAUAGUAUAAUGUAUUGCCAUAUUAGUAGCAAAUCAAAUGUUGUGAGGAUGCAUAAAGCUAGUUAUAAGAUCUGACAGGGUUAAUAAGAUAUCUGAAUAGCUGGAAGAUUACAAGGGCAAGAGAGAAAUUUGUAUACUGCUAUGGACUCUUAGUGAGAUGACUGCACAUAAAUCUGAACCUCUCUGAAGAGAGUGGUAACAUUCUUGAUAAGAGCAUUGUGUAUGCUUUUCAUACCUCAAAAACAGAAAUGACAAUAGUAAGUAACAAAAACAGAUGAAGUGUAGUUGAUGGCCAGACUAGUUGACACAUUGAAAGCUGUUACAAAGUUAGUAGCCCUUAAUUGUAAAUAUGCCAAAUACAGAAUAAUGCCUUGUUUCUUGGUCUCGCAUACAGAUUAAAAAAAAAAAAGAUGUAAAAAGCCAUUCAAAAUCCAAGACCAAGAUAAUGUUGAAGAUAGUUAGCUAUUUCUUAUUCUGUGCUGUCUCCUAACUUCCCCCAAAAAAUUAUGAUAAAUCUUCAGAAUCAGUCAGAGCCAACUGCUACAUUUUCACAUUUAAGAGAUAUGAACUGUCUGUUUAUUUUUAUUCAUUUAUUUUGAUUUGCAAAAUUCUCAGUGAAGAAGUUGGAACUCUUGGCAGUACAACAGUGGUUACUGGUUACUUACAAAAUCAGUAUAAUGUGUUGUAUAAGAAUCCAUGUCCUUGUUAUUAUGUUUAAAUUACAAUUUAAAUCUAGGCUUGAAUUUGGUCUUCUACUUGCUGUGGUGCAUCCAUUUAUCUGUGAUGAUUUUAAUCAGUCGUCUUUUCAUCACUGUUUCAUGCCAUACAUUUACAGCACAUGUGUACAUACAUCAGUCUAUUUAGUUAUCUGAAUUAUGCAAGAUGAUGGUGAAAUACAAAUGAAUUUUGAAAUAAAGAUUGCUUUCUGAAAACAAAUGGCAGAAUUGCAAUUUCUGUGGGCCACAUGUGCUAUUUCUGCCCCUGCCUUAACUCAUACUGAAUUUCUUAUAACUCUUAUCAGAUAUAUUGACUAACUGAAGAUACUCUAUGGAUCUAUAUCAGAUCAUAUCCAUCAUACAUUUAGAAUCAUCUUGAAAAGAAGUGUGACUAGUCGCACAGGAGUCCCGUCCUUUGACUCAAAUCUUGGAACUCCUCACAAGUGAAACAUGACCACAACUGGCUUCAAACAAAUAUUGGCUCAUUUUUAUAUGGUGUUUGUGUGUACUCAGUUCACAGAAUGUAAGUUUCCAAGUUUAUGCAGCAUUUUCUAUUGUUAAAAGUGAUAGAAAACUGAAUAUCUAUAGUAGUUAGACUGAUUGUAAUGAGCUAUGUUUUACAAAGAAUGUGAUGUAGAAAGCUGUCUGUGACAUGACUACCUUGCUUCUUUAAUGGCUGUCAGUAUAUCUUCAGCAUUCUCCAAAUUUAAAUCUAAUAGUUUUAAAAAAUGUUUCAGGUAGACAGCAGUCUGAAGAUAUGCAUUGUAUGUUCAGAUCAUAAUAGCUAAGUUGCUACAUGUGUAUGCUUAUGCAUACCUUUUCAUGCUCGCACAACCACAUUCAUACAUGUAUGUGCACACUUAAACAUGCAUAUUCCAAUCCACAUACUAAUGAAUAUUAUUUAUAAAUAUCUUUAUCCCAUUAUUCAUCAAUCCAGAAUUUAGUCUUUUGGAACAUAUCUCUGCAGUCUACUGUGUGUUUUAUCUAUUUCUCAAUAUGUAUAUAUAUAAAUUUUAGAUGUAUUCAUGUAUGUACAUCCCUCCAUACAUCCAUAUGAUUUAUAGGUAAACACACACAUAGUAUCUUAAGGCAAAUAAAAAAGAUUUUUUUUGUUCAUUAAAUCUUUAUCCUCUAGUGAUUAGCUUCAGUCACUUGGAUGAACUGAAUAUGUAAAGACCAAUAUCCCCUCUCCCACCACAUCUCUAUCUUGUGUAACGAACUAUGCAAAGGGACAAAGUCUCUACUGGUUGUUAAACUAUGCAAUAAUAUUGUCUGCAAGUGUCCAUUGUUAUCAUGUGUGGUGCAUCCAAGAAGUGUGUCUUAACCUGACAUCAUAUAAUUGAGACAUGGAUUAAUAUGUACUUUACAUGUGAUAAUUUUCCAUCACAUGGGGCAUAUUAUCUGUAAUAUAGGUGAUGUGUGUAUAUACCCAUGUAUUUUAUCAGAGAAGGCUUCUCUGAUGCACCCUUCCAAUGGUGAUUUCGGUAGCUAGCCAGGGACAUUCAGACUGCAUAGCAUUAUCUGAAAAAGUUUCCAGCUGGCUAUUCACAUUCCAAACUCGUCGAACAAGGGAUUAGCAUGACUUGUCCCAACAACAAAGCUGUUUUCUGAUUGUUGAUUAUGUUAUAAAUAAGAAUAUGUAUAUUCCAGAUUGUACACAAUUAUGUGCUGGUACCUGUGAUCAUGUGAUAUUCAGUAUUUUGACUGCAGACUUUCAUGGAAAGAUUAAUAAACUUUCAAAUCCAUGAGACUAAGACUGUUGAUGUGUUUGAUAUGGAUAUUGCAUUUGUUGUUGCAGGAUAUAGAAAUUAUUCAACCAGAUUUACAUACUUUUAGGAAUUGUAGUUACUUGUUUAUUAGUAGGCAUUCAAGGACUGCCUAGAUAGAAAAUUGAUGUGCUUGAUAAUAUUCAUGGUAGGAUGAUAUGAUAGAGCAGGAAUUUAUUUAGAUGCAUUUCUUUCCAUAUAUAUAUAGAUAGAUAAUGCUAUCACAGUGGUUACAUGAUUAAGAUGCUUCUAUGUUUGACUGGAAUGCAUUGAGAAAUUACAUCUGUUUAUUGGAAAGAAUCAACACAAACUGUAUUUCUAUGGGAAAAAAUAAUAAUCUGUAUUAAUGAGAGAUAUUUGCAUGUCAUGAUAAUUUUAUUAUUAGAAGACUAACACACACACACACACACACACACACACACACACACACACACACACACACACACACACACACACACACACACACACACACACACACACACACACACACACACACACACACACACACACACACAAAAAAACA